AUGACUUCAAUCCUCAAAAAAUUGUACAUCAAUUUUUUUGUACUCAUUUUAAUCACAAUUUCAUGCAAAGCCACCGAAGAAAUCAAGUGUGACACUUGCCCUGAAUACCUUCCUCCACCACCUCCCCCGCUUCCUGAAUGUCCCCCACCUCCACCCCCACCAUGUCCCCCACCACCACCUCCACCAUGUGAUCCACCACCACCUCCAAAGGAGCCGCCGUGCAUCCCUUGCAUGAGUCAGCAAUCACCACCACCACCACCAAGAUACUACGAUAGCACUCCGGGCAGUAAUUUGUAUGUGACGGGGUAUACCUACUCGGGUGGUCCAAAAGUUAUUAAGGGUGUUGUAAGUGGUUUUAUGAUGUUUGGUAUAGUUACACUAUUGGAGUCAUUACAAGAUUAUGUAUGCCCUUACCCUUGUCUACCACCACCCACGGCAGGCGGCGGGGAGUCCACACCGACACCGGACCUCCCACCGCCACCUAAACCACCCACAACCACCCCCUCAUCAAACUGCCCACCACCACCUUCGCCACCGGUGACCCCUUCCUACGACUACUCGUCGCCACCACCACCGGGACAAUACUACUACUCCCCUCCACCACCACCAUCAGGAGGAUACACUCCACCGGAAUCGCCAAGUUAUGACUAUUACCCUCCUCCUGGUGGAUCAUAUGGCUAUGCUCCUCCACCUCCUAACCCAAUUGUGCCUUAUUUUCCUUUCUACUUCAAGAAUCCACCACCACCACCUCAAGACAUGUCUUCAGCAACCAUGAAUAUGAAAAACCAUUUUCAGUUACUAGGUAGUUUAUGGUCAUCAGUUUUGCUGUUGCUUUCAUCAGUUGCAAUUCUUGGUUGGAGAUGA